AAACAUUGAUCCCACUCCUCUUCCUCCAUUUUCUUCUCUUCUCUUCUCUUCUCUUGCGCUUUUGCAAUCGAGCAUCAGCGACCAUGUCUUCUUCACUCCUCAGAUCCAGCAGGGCCAAGCUCUUCUCUUCCUUCAACUCUUCUCUUUCUAGAACCUUCUAUCCCACCGCCUCUCCUCCUCCUCAGAUCGGACCCCUCCCUCCACUCUUCCACCGCACCAACUCUCACUCCCCCGCGAAUGAAAAACCUUCCAACGGAAACUUGAUUGGUCCCUCAAAACCCAGUGCUCGCGAUUUCGGAAAUCUCGAUAGGGUUCCUGCUAUCGGAAACCGAGUUAACAAUCUUGGAAAUGGUUCUACUACGAAGGUCAAUCUUUUGGACACCAUUGCACUGGCUAGAGCUGGAUAUGGUAUUGGUGCUGUCAAGGGUCCAAUGCAAUUGAUGACCGGACCCGGAGUUGCAGAUGGUCGAUUGGUUAAUCAUUUCCGUGUUAAGAGUACUGUUGCGAGUUCCAACAAUGAGACAAAGGCUUAUGGUCUUCGACCGUUAUCUCCUCAUCUUCCUGUUUAUGAGCCACAGCUAUCUUCCACACUUUCAAUAUUCAACAGAAUCACUGGAGUCAUCUUAUCUGCUGUCAUCUUGUUGUUUUACAUGAUAUAUAUGAAAAUGGGCUUGAUCAGUCUCACCUUUGGUUCUUUCUAUGAUUUCCUGUUUUACUCAUCAAAACUCAACCUGCUUGUUCUUGAGAUUUCUGGCUUAGCCCUUACCUAUCACACAUAUAUGGGCAUUCGUCAUUUGCUCCACCGACUAUGAUCUUAGUCACAACUGAUACCUGAACAUCACGCUUUGUACCUGAGGUGAAGCUUGCUUGAUCAGAGAGGCAUACUUCUCAGUCCUAAGGAACUUCAAUCAGCAUCGAAUCUCUUUUUGAUGUUGUGAAUGUGCAUUUCUGUAGUUGUGUUAAUUUCAGCUUAAUAAUUUUACAAUUUAGCACUAACUUGGUGUUUAGUGCUUAGCAUAACUGCAUCUGUUUGGAAUCUGAAAUCUCAGCGAUGUUAUUAUCAAAUUGCGUGUAAUUAACUUUUGCAGCUAAUAAGUGGAUGAGUUUUGGUGUGA